ACUGGUGAUUUAAGAAAAAUGGAUAUAUCAACGUUCGUGUUUUUCGACAUAGAAACAACAGGUUUACCCCAUGAGGAGAGAAACCAAACUAAAAUCAUUGAACUAACUUUCUUAGCAGUUUCGGCAAAAGAAAUAGAGGUUACGUCGAUUGGUGAAAUACCAUUGGUAAAUAAAUUAUCACUAUUUUUUAAUCCUGAAAGAGAUAUAAGCGAAGAAGCAGCAAAUAUGACGAGAUUAUCGGAGACACUGUUAGCCAUACAGCCAACUUUUAAAGAAAGAGUUAAAACGCUCAACUCGUUUUUAGAAGAAUUGCCAAAACCUGUGUGUUUAGUUGCACAUAAUGGAAAUCGGUUUGAUUUUAAAAUUCUUACCGCAGAAUAUAAAGAUGUAAACGCAAAAUUCCCUCGAGAUCUUCUCUGUGUUGAUUCCAUAACGGGUUUCAGAGAAUUGGAUAAAAAAAAUAAAACUAUUAACAAUAAUCACAGACAAAAAACUAAACCACUUUGUGUACGCUCACCAAAGAGAACAAUUGAAAGUAUUAUGACUGACGAUGAAGAUGAGUGGCCAGAAUUAAAUAUUAGUAUUGAAGAAUGGAGGGAAAUUGAUGAUAUGACAAUGUCAAUGUCCAGUAUGUCAUGUGAGGAGGAUGAAAAAGAUACAUCUGGUGAAAAAGGCAAAAGCAACAAGGUACAUACAGCCAAAGAAAGGGUAAGUUAUACUUUGUCAAGUUUGUAUAGAAGAUUACUACAAAAAGAACCAAUUAAUACUCAUAGGUCAGAAGUGGAUUGUAUAUUAUUACUGGAAUGUGUAGUUGCUACAAAAUCCUUUUUUUUACCCUGGGCCAAUAAAAAUGCUAAAUUAUUAAGUAGUAUCAAACCUUUAAGCAGAUAUUGAAAUUAAUUCAAUAGUUAAGAUUAGUAGCUAAGAAGCUAUAAAGAGAGAAUGUCUAUGUAAAUUUUUAUAAAGGGAAAAUGUUUGACUCUUUAUUGUAUUAAGACUUACUAGCUAAUGUUCAAUUAACCUUUAUUUUGCUACUUGUCUUUUUAUUUACCUGAGAAAAUCUAAAUUGUGCUACUAGUA